CAUUUAACUGACUGCUUGGCUCUCAUGCUUAUCUCGUCCAAGAACAAUUUGUCAUGGGAACAGCACGAAAGAAACGCAUUUUGCUGGCAAACGAUUAAACCCCUCGAAUUGGCCCAAUUUGUUUUGUUUCAAUUUGGUUUGGUUUUAGUUUACUGAGCCAUAAGUUCGAUUUUGAGUUGAUAAGCGAUGAGUUUGAUUCCGUCAUCAAAUCAAAGCAAACAACAAAUGAUACUGUUUAUGAUCGUUUAUAUAUAUAUAUUUUAAGCAUCAAAAUCAAGUCGUUUUGUCUAAAUCAUGAUCGGUUCUAAUUUUCUUGCCCAACAGGAGAGGAAGUACAAGGAGAUAAUUGGACGUGGAGCUAAUCGAAGUACGAAUAGAAACUAGGCCCUUCGUUCCGCGACAAAAAUAAAUUUCGGGAACGAAUUCAAUUGGGCGGGACAGGCGCAGAACGAAGACAAAUGGAACGGAGCAAGCGUAGCCCUAGAAAGUUAGGAACCUCCUGCCCAUCUUUCGCUCUCCCCAGCCUCCCGCGAAAUCCUAUAGCCCCUUAAAACUCCCUCCAGUCUGUUCCCCCUCUCCAUACCCACGUUGUAUAAACCCUCCUUUCUUCUUCCGAACAGCGCCGCCGGUUGGGGCUCCGGCCUAUCACCCGCCGCUAAGCCGUCGAGUCCUUCUCUACCUGCUGCUACUGCCGUCGACCGAGGCGAUUGUGGUCUCUCUCUCUCUUUCUCUCCCUCCCAUUAGUAUGCUAAACAAUUGCCUGUCAAAAGGGAAUCUGAAUCCUUGAAGCCCGUCAGCUGCUUGACUACGUGAAAACGUAAGAUGCUGGUGGAUCACCAAUGUAGGUUGAAUUUUGAUUGCAUCCGACGGUUCAAUAGCUGCCAACAUGAAACCAAGAAGCAAUCAGGUUCCAAGAGCUCAGGGGUCCCAAAGUUUCCAAGGGGAGGGUCCUAAUUGGAUGCUUAUUGCUGGUGGUGCCUUGAUAAGUACAUUAUCAAUUCGCCUUGGUUUCAAGUUGAAGCAUGUGCUUGAUGCAAAGGAAUCCAAUAAAAUGUGCAAUGGUUUAAAAGGGAAUGGAAAUUCUAGUGGCAGAAAUAAGUCAGGGAGUUGUUUGCAUUCCAAUGGAUGCUGCUUUGCCCAAGGUGAUGGUGCCUGCUUCAAUUACCUUUCAGGAACCCAAGAUAUGCUGGAAAUUAAGCAGCAGUCCAAUGGAGAAUUACAAGCCAAAGCUGAAAUGGCACUACCACUGGCGACAGUUUCCACUACAGAAUUCAACAAAGAGAAUGGUGUGAUGUGGUCAUCUUCUCCUGACCGUCUUGAGCUCCCUCAGAAGCCAUUUCACCACUCGAGCAGCUCUGACUCUCCCUGUGUUUCAGAAUCCGGGUCUGACAUCUUCAGCAAGCGAGAAGUGAUUCAGAAGCUGAGGCAGCAGCUGAGGAGAAGGGAUGAUAUGAUACUGGAGAUGCAAGAUCAGAUUGUUGAGUUGGAGAAUUCUCUCAACUCUCAGUUCUCUCAUUCUUCCCAUCUGCAAUCACUACUGGAUGUUGCAAACAGGGAUCUGCUUGAUUCGGAAAGAGAAAUCCAGAGGCUGAGGAAAGCAAUUGUGGAUCACUGCGCAGGACAAGUUGAUCCGAAUGAACAGCCAUUGGCAGUCCCAUUUCGGCCAUCUGAAGGGCAAAAUGGCCUCACGACCAGCACAAAUGGUUAUCUUGACAGUGAGAAGGACAGAGGAGAUAGGGAGAGGAUUGAGAUGCUGAAGAGGGAAGUUGAUGAGUUAAGGGAAGUUAUAGAAGGAAAAGAUUUCCUGCUGCAGAACUACAAGGAGCAGAAGGUAGAGCUCUCUAUGAAGGUCAAGGAAUUGCAGCUGAGAUUGGAUUCUCAGCUCCCAAAUAUUUUGUAGACAACAUCACAACUCUUGUGCAUUCUUUGCUUGUGCUUGCCUUUCCUUCUUUUUCUAUUUGACUUCAGGUUCCAAUUUUUGAAAAGCCUUGUUCUCAUUCCAUUCCUUUGCCUGUUGUUAUAUUUUUGGUCGUGUGUAUAUUAGAACAACAACAACAAAAUAUCCUUUGCAGACUUGACCUUGUGUGCUGUCACUUCUUGAGGUUGAACUUGAGAGUUUGCUUCCAUUUUAUUUUCU